AAAUAAACAGAUUCUGGCUGCAAAUAACGUUAGUUCAAGUUUAGACACAGUGCAGUGCAGUGCGUAAAGCCGAUUAAAUAGAGAAAAUACUUUAACACUAUGAAAUUCACUUUAAUAUUGCUGAUUGCUGGCGCUGCCUGCAUCCUGGCCGCACCCGUUGCCGAGGAGCAGCAACAGCAGCAACAGGACUCGGAGUCUUCGGUCAAGGCCAAGCGUGGCCUGGCGCUGGGUCUGGGCUACCACGCCCCCAUUUUAACCCAUUCGCAUUACGUUGCCGCACCAACCUACGUUCAUCAUGCGCCAUUGAUUUCGCAUGCACCGCUCAUUUCCCACGCACCACUCAUUGCGCACCAUCCGGUGUCGUCGGUCUCCUAUCACCUGCCCACCUACCACUCCAUCCAUCAUUUCUGAGCUGUCGCUGGAGCAACCGGAGCACCAGCUGCUGGAGUCAACAACAAACAGUCAAGACGUGCAAAAGCGGCAAAAGCAAAACAACAACAACAACAUAAAAAAGAACAAAAACAAAACAAAAAAUUCUAGAAAAAAGAAGAAACCCAAAGGAAAACUUUUCCAUUCGUUUCGACCCGGUUACAACAUGAAUUCCUAGAAAAUUGUGUACUACUACCCCGCCCACCGCCCCCCGCCCCCCCUUCACAGCACCCACG